CAAGCGGUAGCCGGAUCCUGCUUCGUUUCGAGGUUCAUUCAAGCUGUGUUUCAUUUACUGAUCGCGCGUGUUUCAGCCGUACUCAUCCUUUCAUGAAAAGCGUUGUUUUUGUUGCUAUUGUGUUGUGUGUCUGAAGCGCAUGGAAUUCGCUAUCUAUUAAUUGAAGUUCAGCGUAUGUGCAAGUGGAACUUUUUGAAUAAAUUUCAAUUUUUUUUUCUAGGAAAUUGAAAAUGCAAGGCUAAUUGAAAAUUCAACAUGUCAGUCAUUUGUCAAAAUUUUGUUCAAAAUGCUUGGAAGAAAGAUCUUUGUUCCAAUUGUUUCAAGUCUGUAGGUGAUCAUGAAAUGAGUGAAAAUGCAUCAAAUGAUCAAGUGAAGAAUCAGAAUGAAAAAUCUACCAUAAGAUAUGUAUCGCAAGCUUCAACGACUAGUUCCACAGUGAGUAAUUCAACGCCUCACACAACGUGGAAAACCUUAAUAUCCGAAAGAAAUACUAAAAAUUCUCAACCAUUUAAAUUGGAAACCGGUUUCCAAGGCCGAUUGCUAACAAUUAACAAAUCCUAUCAUGGUUCGGAAAAAAACAGCGUCAAUGGAAGCUCCAAGAAUGGUCAUGCAUCGGAUUCGGAAUUACUCUCAGACAAUGAAUCAAAAAGAAAUGUCAAUGGACGAAUCACCAAGACAGAUUUUACGCAAAUCAGAAACAAAUGUCAGUCUUUGAAUGGUUUUAGUUUGUCAAAUGGAAAUGAUCACGUGGAGGCCAAAAUCGAUCAGAAUGGUACAAAUAAUAAGAAUGAAAAAGGUGCUAAACUUCAAAACGAACAUGAAGGUACUAAGAAUACAGUUUCUUCCAGGGAUUCAAAACUUAUGAAAAGUAAAAGUGAAGAUACAUUGUUUGUUCCUCUACACAGUAUUCUGAAGAAAACCGUUUCGACCCCAACGAAUCAGAAGCAAACGCGGAGAGGAAGUAAUGUAGGUUUCGCAAAUGAAGAACCUCUUGUCAUAGGUUAUGGUGGCAGAGAUUUCACACCAGAGGAAUUGGAAUGGGAUAUGAAUACUUCUGAUGGCGAAAAUGGAUUGGACAGCUUAGACGAAACAGAAGAUGAUAAAGCUUUUUCAAAAAUGACUAAACUCAACACUGAAUUCAAUGCCGAUAACACUAACUUAAUCCAAACAGUUUCAUCUAUUUCUGAAGGCAAUGGAAAAGAAACCCACCGUUCUGAAAAGAAUACAAAACAAAAAGAAAAUGGACAAAAACCUAGUCAAGUAGCCGUAACAAAUAAAGAAGGCAGUGUAGAAACCACAAAUGCUGUAAAAAGUAUUCAGCCUACCGAAUUGACAGUAACUGAUGGUACCGACGCUAUUGAAAAAAACAAAUCCACUAAUGAGAAAAAUAGAAGCAUCAAUGAAGAUAAAUCAUCUUUGCAUAAUGGUUUUCAGCUUGCGGAAAUGGAUAUCAAGGAUUCUGAAUUGAAUACACAAAAGCCGAGUAAAGAUCAAAAAGAUUCUAUUAAUGUUUCAAUAAAAGGCGAUAAAGGAGCGCAAAUAGUGUCGUCAGGCGAGGUUACAGUUGUUGAGACUGCGAAAGUUGGGGAAGCAAAAGCAGAAGUUAAAAAUAACCGAGUAAAUGAUGCCCUGCCUCCAUCCUGCGUUAUUUCCACUCCCAACUUAAGCGGUAGUGGUUGUGAACGGCAGGGGAAUCCGGUGAUGUUUUCGGACGGUGAAGAAAGAACAGGAGAAACUACUAACCCACUCCCGGAUGAAAACAAUGAAUGGCAAGGUGGCGGCGAAAUGGCAGGUCAAAUAUUACAGGCUAUCAAUACAUCCUUGGCAAACCGCCAUAAAAUGAAAGAUGACCAAGAAGUGCAAUCAAAUAAUAAAGAGGAUCCGGCAGAUGAUAGUAGUGAAAGUACAUACGACAGCAAGUGUCAUGAACAUCUCUCAACGGAUGGAACAGAUGAUGCUGAGAAUACUUCUGAUGCUUCUGCAGAAAGACCGGUUAGUUCCGAUGAAGAAUUGAUACAAAACAAUAUAAAUGUUGAGCCAAGAAAAUCAUUUUUACAUGGAUUGACAUCUAAAAAGUCAGCUAAGCCCAGCGCAAUAUAUGGUCCUGCUUCAGACCUGUUUGUGUCGAGAAGUAAUUCAUCAUCUUCUUCGUCGUUGGAUGAAUUUAAUAAAAGUGAAGCUUCCCAUUCAAUUAAUGUAAUAAUCAAUGGAGAAAAGAAUGGAAAAGAAAAUGCAAAUACCACAGAAAGUGAAAACGAAGAUCUUGCUUCGCAUCACAGUUAUCUGAAUGAGCAAGAAAGUAAUUGUUCAGUUAAAAUUAAAGCAAAACCAAAGAUUCCGGCAAAACCUGCAAAGCAACCUGUUCGGCCAACAAUUAAACAAACGACUAAUGAAUAUUCGAAACCUAAGCUGAUGAAAACAGAUCCAAAGGACUCUGAUUCUACUGCACAGAAUGAUUUACAUUAUGCUGAGGCAAAUUCAAACAGCUAUGAAGACAAUUCAAAUAUUUCUCUAGUAGGCCAUUAUGCAGAAAGCAAUAUAUAUCAUGAAGUAGAUAAUUCUGAAAUGAAGAUUCAAGAAGACGAACAAUCGGAAAGGGUUGUUCCAAGAGAAUCUAAACUAGCAGCCCUUGCUAUGGAAUUAGAACAAGCACGCCACUGCAAUAACAACACUAAAAGACAAGCACCUGCCCCACCUAAAAUUCCUGAUCCCCCUACAGAAGACCCACCAAACAGUAUUGGAAGAGCAUCUCCAACAAUGAGCGACAAUUCCCACAGUUUCGCCAGUUAUCGAGGAGACGUUAUGGCAUUUUCAUCAGCAUCGUCCACAGCCUCAACUUCUUCUCAAGACACUGAAACUGGCUAUGCUUCUUGGAACCUACACGGGGAUUUAGAUGAUCAUCGUAAACAGUCAAAAUCGAAAAGUUCCUUCCUUUUAACCCAAUAUUCAAAAUGUAAGAUGUUAGCUAUGGGUUAUGCUGAAGACAGUGCAAGAUCCAGAAAGAAGUUCUCAAUAAAAAAAUUACUUAAAAUAAAGAAAGAAAAUGAUUCUUCAGCUUUUGACCCUAACUGCCCAAACCCAAAGGCUUGGAAAUACAGUGAGAACUUUGAAAAACCACGUGCUAAACUGGAGAUAAUUCAUCCUAUGGAUUUGGAAAAUAAAUCAGUAACAGUAAAUCCAGGGUUUGAUUCAAUGCAUUCAGGAUCCAUGUCUUCAUUUUCAGCAAGUGCAGAUGAUUUAUCUCUACGAAAUAGUGUAUCUAGUGAUUAUGGGAGCUUCUAUUCUGAUACUAUUUCCCCAAUGCAGGAUUUAAAAUCUGAAGUCAACUAUGAAAGUAUUCCUCCACAACUUCCACUAACUGAAGAACAGGAGGAUGCAGAUGAAAGACAGGCAACGGGUAGCUCAAACUCUCCCACUCCAUCUCGCUCUUCCUGUGUCUCUCAAGCAAGUACCUUGACGUCUGGAAGUUCGAAGAAUGGAGGAGCCUCUCCCCACCGUCCACCCAAACCACCACCACCUCCCAGGGCUCAUUCACUUUUGCCAGGAAACAAAUCCUUGAACCCAGAUGGGACUUAUAAAUUUCCAGUCUUGAGUUGUAAUGCAAUUAGCAAUGUCGAAAUACCUGUAUCGCCAACAAAGCCACAAGCUCCGAAGAGACAGUUUAAGGCAUCCACUGUGCGAUCAGAUUGUGGAAUAUAUGACAAUACUGGAUUAGUGCCUACACCAGAAGAAACUGAAGCAUUAAAUGAAAGUCUUUCUUCAGUGAAUGAUAAAGUAUCAAUGGAUGGAAAUACAUAUGGAACAAUACUAGAUAUCAAAUCUAAUAAUUCUGGAAAUCAUAAUUCUGUAUCGGUGGGGGUUAUUGUCUCCUCUGAGUCAUCAACUUCAGUUGAAAGAAAAGAAGAAAUAGAGAAUAAGUUGCCUAUUUAUGAAUCGAAAAUGGACACUCAGUCAAUAAAUGUAACUGUAACUACUGUGUCAGAACCAUUGAAGAAAACAAAUAAGCCUAUUCUUGCUCGUAACAAGCAUUCCCCUCUUACUAAAGCUCCAGCACGUCCACCUCCAAUUUAUAUGAAAUCUCAGAUAAAUAAUAUUGUGAAAAAUCCCAAUCCUUGGAAAACUUUAGAAGACAGUUAUUUAGUUUUGACUGCAUCUAAUCGGGAACUUCUUGUCAAAUUAAUAAAUCAGGCAUUGAAGAAAAGAAAAGAUUUCUUAACCACACUGCAUAAAAUAAAAUUUCAGUGGGCUGAAUUUGAAAUAGAUGUUGAACAACCAUCUUCAGUUUUUGCAUUUGGAGAAAAAAUCGCUUACCAUGCAACUAUGCCUAAACAUCCAGAAUAUCCUGUAACUUUAGUGGUCACUGUCCAACAACAACACAGUCGUUUAAAUGAAAAUAAUGAAAUGAAAUACCCUGUUUUUGGGCAAUUUGUGGAUUACAUACCCAAGGAGUUGCUUGAAAAUUCUAAUGAUGCCGAGUUGGAAUCUAUGCAAGCUACAAUUUUGGUUUUAGAUCGUUCCAAUAUUUUAACAAUUGAAUGCUUCACAGAAAAUUUGCCUAUCUCUCUCACAGAAGAAAAUGAAAAGGAAUUAUGCUUCAUCAUAUUACAGCUAAUACAUUCACUUAAGUCUCUUCAAGCCCAAGGUACUGAAUCAAUAGACUCUAGUUUCCAAAAUCUCAUUUUAGCCAAAACAAAACAAGAUAAAUACAACACACUUGUAUUUUUAUAUGAUAAUUGCUAUGAUGAGCAUGAUUACAUGUCUGAUUCAUGCAAAAUAUCACUCUGCCAAUAUGCUUUGAUGUUGUUGUUUCAGAUGUUGAAUAUACAGUCAGUUGAAGAAUUUAUGCUAAUAUCUGCAACAAAGUUUUCAUCAGAAAUUUCACAGAAAGUGUUCAAAGCAGCUAUUUAUUUGCUAUCUGAAGAAAAAGCUGUUUCUCUUUCUCAAACAAAGACUUUAUUAGAAUGUUUUCUUUGGGAAGUUACAAAAGUCAUGGAAAGUCUUGAAGAUUCUGAUGACAUAGAAAGUAUUUUGCAUCGAUGGCUGGAUAUUAAAAGAGCAAAUUACAUCAAAAACAUUUUUGAUGAUGACAGCUCAUGUGAUAUAAAUGUACAGUCAGAAUAUUAUUCCCAGUUUCUAUUAAGAACCAGUAUAAGGAAUAUAAAAGAAGUACUUUCAUAUUUGUAGAAUACAGGAAGAGAGGAAAAAAAAAAAAACUAUCAAUAGGGUUUUCUACAAGUUGAACAGAGAAACAUUGUAGUCAUUAAACUAAAAAAAGUAUAAUGACAGUGCAUUUUGUUUUUAUAUCUCAAAUUGCUGCUAAUGAUGCAAAUCAUAUAAUGUAUGAUCCUAUUUAUUACUUGUUUAUUUAAAAUUUGAAAUAAUGGCAAUCUCUAUAAAGUUUUAUCACUGUAAGCUUAAAAUUUUUAAAGAAAUUUAAAUUUAAAAUUAACUUUUACAAGCAAAGCUGUAAUUU